AUGUGUGAGCACGAUCCGGAGAUUAUUCGAUGGGGUCUCCAACAUCUAUGUGACCCAGGGUCAAGUUCGUGUUGUGAAAAUGAUUCUUGCUUUUAUGCUAGACAGUAUGCCAGUGAAGGUAACUUAGGCACAGAUUACACUAAUGUAGAGAGUGAUGAGAUUAUCGCACAUACUCUUCAAGAAGAAUUUUCGCAACUUGCUUUUGCAAAAGCAUCUGGCCUUUCACAUCCAAGUGAAGAACAUGCACAUAUAUAUGUGCUUGAUCAGGAUUGGCAGGGGUCAACGAUGAGGGAUUUUGUAUCAGGUAUUGAGGCAACCAUGAUAUGUAGUGUUCAAUUUCUUCAUUACUGCAUGGAUCUCAUUAACUUUACUAUUUUAAUGCAGGACAUGAUGGACGACAGGAAGAUGGAGAUGAUGUAGCAUCCAGUUCAUGCUCAAGUCCUGAGAAUUUUCAUGAGCUGACGGAACGGAUGUUGGAGCUGGCAGAUGAUUUCCACACUGUAGAUGAAGUAGGCAAGAGGCUGAAUCAAGUUGCUCCUACACCUGUGAGUCUUUUUAAAUAGUUAAAUCUCUAAUAUCUUCUCCUUUAUCAGUUUUACAUGCCGACAGUACGUUAUGAAUGAUUUUCCAAAAAACAUUCUCACGCUAACAUAUUAUUUUUUAAGUAUUUUUACUUCGAAACUGUCUGGUACUUUUGAUUUGGAUGGGAGGACUCGUGGAGUGCUAGCCUAUCCACUCAGAUUUGUCAAAAGCCCUUCAUUUUCUCUGAUUUUGAAGCUUUUUUUUUACAGCAUAAACCAAGAAUCAAUAAAGAAAUACCUUCUGCAGAUGAGGCUAUUUCCGAUCAUCAAAGGCUCCUUGAACGGUACAUCAGUGUUUUUUUUACUAUUUCAUUCUAGUGAAUUUAUUUUUUAAUGUCGAGUAAUUCUUUUUCCAGGGAAUGACCUAGGAAAAGAGUAAAAUGUUGGCGAUUUUUUUCUCGUCAUCUUUAUAUAGGGUACUUUAUUUAUAAAUUUCUACAUUUCCUAGUUGUUUUGCCUUACUGCUUUAGGCAUCAUUUGGAACGGAAAACAGCUACCUGUGGCUUCCAUUUUUCCCCUGUUGGCAACUACGGUAGAAGGAAAGAAACAGAACCGAUUCUGAGAAUAUAUCCAUUUUCGUUUUGGUCCCUGUAACGCAACUCUUUCCGAGCUCACCUCUCUUGAUCCAUUGCCCCCUUGGCUUGGGGGAUGGUAUGUUUUCUUUUCUGAAUCCUUGGCCUGCCUGUGUUUCUACCUCUGUUUCCUCUAAUUGAGCCAUUUCUACCUUCCUAGACCUACCGCAGGAAUUCCACUCGUGCUAUACCCUUUUUCUCAGGGGAGGAAGUUAGUGUGGAAGGUUUGUUUGUUAUAACUGGAGGACAUACCUUUUGGUAGAAGUCUCUAUCAUUAAAUCAAUCCACAACCUGUGGCAAUAGGUUUAUUUAGCAUAUUUUCGCUGAGCUUGUCAUGGAGCUUGCUUGCCUGAUGACAUUGAGGCCAUACCUUGGCCUUGUUCGAUUGACAUCAUCCCUUAUUUUCUCAUCUGAGAAUCAGUUUCAAACUAAAUCCACCUAUUUUAUGAUCAGAUGUUCAAGUAAAGAUCCAGUAGGCCUUCUUUCGUAGUUUUUGGGUAGUUCUCUUUUAUUAGGCCACAGAGUUAACAUAGUCACCGGUCAUACCCCUUGGCCGCAAAGAUAUAUUUUGGUCAGAAAAAAAAAAAGGCUCAGAAAAACGUCUUAAAGUACUCCUGAGAUUCAAUUUAUAAAUCAGUACGUCUCUGAAGAGUAAGAAUUAUGAUAAUGAACAUUGGGAGAAGUCCACUAGUAAGAUUAUCUAAUGUGCUUUAGGACUUCCAUUUGGAAGAAGUCUCCUUUUUUUCUCCUAUUUAUGCUGAUAUUUCUAACUUGAGAGGUCGAAUAAUUUAUGCAUUUGGCUAACCUCGUUUUAUUCCUUUUUUGUUCUUAUUUAUAUUUAUUUGAAAACUGCACAUUAGAAUAUACAUGCAGAUUCAAAUUCCAGUACUUCAUCCUUACGCUACUAUUUUCCAGUCUUGGCUUAUGAUAGUGGUUUAUGUUUGAUUCAGGUUACAGUUAUUUGAAUUGGUUGAGCGGAAGGUUGAGGGAGAUGGUAACUGUCAGGUUGGUUGUGGAAUCUGUUAAUCUUCUUCCCAAUUAUUACUUGUUAAUAGGAAAUCAAAACUUUUCUAAUUCUUUGAUGAAUAAUGUAAACCUCAGAACUUAUCCCGAAACUAACCAUUUCCACUUGGAUUAAUCUUAUUUAGUUUUAGGAUGCAGAUAUAACUUGAUUAGCUUUAAUAUGCUGUUAAAUCUUUACCUCUGGGAAUAGGUAAAGAUAAAAACAAGCUUUUAGACGGGUGACCACUUUAUUUUACUAUUCAACUAAUUAAAGGUAUCGAAUUAUCGAUAUCUGAUCAGAAAUUAAUUAUGUGUGAAAUUUAGUUUUCCUGCUAGGGAAAUGCAGAUUUUGCUCAUGAAACGUUUUAACGAUUACUUAUGACUUAAUUAUUAACCAUGUCUUGCCGUCGUUCUUUUGGUUUCUUAUAGUUUAUCUAACUGAUGAGGUGUCCAUUACACUUUUUCAGAAAUAUAAUUCUUAUAUGUUCCCAAGUCCUUUAUUUCUUUGGUACUAGAAUUCUCUAGUAGGUGAUUACUUAGAUUGUUUAUUGGAUGACUUCAUAAUGAAUCUAUAUAAAAAAUCCUUCUCCUGCUGACAAGUGGAUUCGUACUGCUGACACAAUGAUUUUGAGCCCUAUGAUGUUUAUUCGAAUCCAAGUUCAAAGGCACCGGGUAUGGAUUUUUAUAGAAAUCAAGCUAUGGUUGUGCAACAUUUUUGUGUCAUGCAGAUGCUCAUUCUCUGUAGGUGGUCCCAGUAAAUAACCUGCAUUGGAAACUUUGAUCUGAUCUUUUUUAAUUGUUUAGAUGAUGCCGAUGAAUACUUGAUUGAUAAACCAUCAUAUCACAUUUUCGUAAUCCUUGUCAAUGCAUCGACAAACAACAUCGUGCGUAUAGGGCUGUCCAAAAAAGCAAGUGGCCGACACCCAAAAGGACGAAGAGACAGUGAAAUGGUGAAAGCUAGCAUUGGGAACUUCGCAUAGUCCCAUUGAUAUACUCAUUUAAUGCUAACAUGCGGUCAAGUGUCUCCAAUGGGCAAAAAACUAGGCAAUUCAAGGUUACUACUCCCUUGCUGAAUGGUACAUCAGUGCAAUAUAAUGCAAUAUACUGUAAUAUAAUGCAUUAUAUUGAAUAUCAAUGAUAUUGAAGGUGUGAAUGAGCGGACAGAUUGUUCUUCCCUCGGUUUCUUUUUUAGAGAGAUAUCAAUGAUAUCAAGGCUCGAUUAUGUUUGUGCCUCACUUCUUUCAUUCACUGGUGAAAUUUUUGCAAUCUGAAUUCUCAUUCAACGAAAUUAUUUUCUUGAAUCUCCUAUUCCCUAGUUUCGGGCACUAUCCGAUCAAUUCUACCGGACCGCAGAGCAUCACACAUUUGUCCGUCAGCAAGUUAUUUAUCAGGUUGGUUCACCUCUUCACAGCAAUAUUUUAUAUACUAUUUUUCAUGAAUCUACGUGGGGCAAGUACCUUGGGUUUCAUUUCCUCACUCCUACCCGGAUGAUAUUGCAGCUUAAAUCUCACCCUGAGAUCUAUGGGGGAUAUGUCCCCAUGACAUAUGAUGAAUACUUGAAGAAGAUGUCCGGGUUAGCUCUCCACUCCGCGACACUUUGCUUCAUUAGAUGUUUAUUCCUUGAAACUACGCGUUGACUGUCCCCCCCCCCCCCCCCCCCCUCGCAUGGACAGGACUGGUGAAUGGGGCGACCACGUCACUCUGCAAGCUGCUGCAGACUCGGUAUGGUAACAUUUUUUAUUCAGAUUUCUGCUUCCAUAAACAUAUUAUAAUUCGAUUUUCUGUUCUAUUCCAAGUGAACUUUUACUCUUUAGUGCCCACCUUGCCACGAGAGUAUGAUCCGGCAGGGCAGGGCAGUGCCUGUUCACACUACCUCACCUCUCAAAUCUAGUAAAAAAAACGUUGACUAUCCUGGUCAGACCCAUGAAACCGCGGAAACGUUGACUCACCCAGAAAAAACCAGCUACCCCAGUCUUCCAUUUUCGUCGCCGGAACCUUGUUUGUUUUCCCUUUUCUUCUUUUUUUCAUCAAAUCACUGCAAGAUGAGCAUGAACUUGACGUGGCUCCGCAUUUCUUGUCCUGGCCCAGUAUGGAGUUAGAAUAUUCGUCUUCACAUCUUUCAAGGAUACGUGCUACAUUGAGAUACUACCUUCCGUACAGAAAUCAGAGAGAGGUAUGCUUUUCUUCCUACUGCUCGUAUCCAUGUUCUUUUUCUUUCUCAAGCGGGGUAACUCAAAAAAAUCCAUCUCUCUCUCUCUCUCUCUCGCAGUUAUAUUACUGAGCUUCUGGGCUGAGGUGCACUACAACUCAAUUUACCCACACGGAGGUAAGCCCUCUAGUUCCCCACUCUCUGCUCAUCUCCGCCGGUGGAAGUGAUCCGUUGACUUUCUGGGUACAGAGUUGCCGCCAUCCGAGUCGAAGAGGAAGAAGAGUUGGUGGCCCUUUGGACAUGGCCAUUAG